UCGGAGGCUGAGGGAGGUGGACGCGGGGCUAUUUAAGCGUUAGCGGAGGGCGGGCUGGGUCGCUGCGCGUCUGCUCCUCCUUCUCGCGCUUCUGUUGCUGCCCUAAUCCUGCUUUGGCCAUGAGGGAGAUUGUGCUCACGCAGAUCGGGCAGUACGGGAACCAGAUCGGGGCCAAGUUCUGGGAGGUGAUCUGUGAUGAACAUGCCAUCGACUCCACUGGCACCUACCACGGGGACAGCCACCUGCAGCUGGAGCGCAUCAACGUGCACUACAACGAGGCCAGCGGUGAGACCCCCGUCCUUCCCCCACCGCCCUCCUGGGAACGUGGCUCUCCCCUCGCUCAUGCCCUCCCGCCCCACGCAGGUGGCAGGUACGUGCCCCGCGCUGUGCUCGUGGAUCUGGAGCCGGGCACCAUGGACUCUGUGCGCUCGGGUCCCUUCGGGCAGGUCUUCAGGCCAGACAACUUCAUCUUCGGUCAGUGUGGGGCCGGAAACAACUGGGCCAAGGGACACUACACAGAAGGUGCGGAGCUGAUGGAGUCAGUGAUGGAUGUUGUCAGAAAGGAGGCUGAGAGCUGUGACUGCCUGCAGGGUUUCCAGCUGACCCACUCCCUGGGUGGGGGAACUGGGUCUGGGAUGGGUACCCUUCUCAUCAGUAAGAUCCGGGAGGAGUACCCAGACAGGAUCAUAAACACAUUCAGCAUCCUGCCCUCGCCCAAGGUAUCAGACACCGUGGUGGAGCCCUACAACGCCACCCUCUCAGUCCACCAGCUCAUAGAAAAUGCGGAUGAGACGUUUUGCAUAGAUAACGAAGCGCUGUAUGACAUAUGUUCCAGGACCCUAAAACUGCCCACACCCACCUAUGGUGACCUGAACCACCUGGUGUCUGCUACCAUGAGUGGGGUCACCACGUGCCUGUGCUUCCCAGGCCAGCUGAAUGCUGACCUGCGGAAGCUGGCCGUGAACAUGGUCCCGUUUCCCCGGCUGCAUUUCUUCAUGCCCAGCUUUGCCCCACUGACCAGCCGGGGCAGCCAGCAGUACCGGGCCUUGACUGUGGCUGAGCUUACCCAGCAGAUGUUUGAUGCUAAGAACAUGAUGGCUGCCCGUGACCCCCGUCACGGCCGCUACCUAACGGCGGCUGCCAUUUUCAGGGGUCGCAUGCCCAUGAGGGAGGUGGAUGAACAAAUGUUCAACAUUCAAGAUAAGAACAGCAGCUACUUUGCUGACUGGUUCCCUGACAACGUAAAAACAGCCGUCUGUGACAUCCCACCCCGGGGGCUGAAAAUGUCAGCCACCUUCAUUGGGAAUAAUACGGCCAUCCAGGAACUCUUCACAUGUGUCUCAGAGCAGUUUACAGCAAUGUUCAGGCGCAAGGCCUUCCUCCACUGGUACACAGGCGAGGGCAUGGAUGAGAUGGAAUUCACCGAGGCUGAGAGCAACGUGAACGACCUGGUGUCUGAAUAUCAGCAAUAUCAGGAUGCCACGGCGGAGGAGGAGGAGGAUGAGGAGUGUGCUGAGGAGGAGGUGGCCUAGAACUCUCCUUUUCUAGGUAAAGGGGGGAGGCAGUGUGGAUUCUUUACGGUGUUCUGACAGCCAUGUGUCACUAUGCACUUGUUCAUUUGUGUCUUCACAUCUCCUGCUGCAUUUUAAAGCAUUUGUAUAGUAUGCGGUUUUGCCUAAUAAAGUGUUCUC